AUGGCUCUGGCAGUGCCGGACGGCGGCCUGACGCUGCACCGCGACGCUGCGUCCUCCCAGUUCCUCCGGCUCAACCUCCCCCAGUCGACCCUCGCAGACCUGCUCCAGGUGCUCAACGACCCGUCUCUGCCAGCCGCCGCUGCUCCUCGUCUGCGGCUGGGGAAACACCCGUCGCUGCUCAUAAACUCCAAGUCGACGCCCUUCCACGCCUAUCCCCAGACCUCUCGCUCGGAGAUAUACCAGCACGGCGGCAGCCAGAGCCAGAGCCAGGAUGCUGCUGCCGGCGCAGACGGAGGCCUCUAUUUCUCGGGCGUGCUCAGCCAUAGCCUGGAGGUGCAGAAGGCCAAAGAGGCCACUGCGGCCACCGACGAGGCCCUCACAAACCUCGAGCGCAGCCUCAACGCCUUCGAGAAGGGCAAGGAGUCUCGCCGCACUCCCCUGAUCGCUACCAUUGACCAGAUGCGAGCUCUGGGCGCCGGAGACAGCAGGUCGGCCACGGGCAGAGAGGCCGCCAGUCUGGCCAGAAAGUCGACCAGCAGAGCAGACCAGGAGAAAGAGCGCUUCUUCAAGAACGCCAAUGCCUCUCGGUCGACGCCUGCAAGCCCGGCACUCGUUCCUCUCUCGCCUCUGCCGCCGGCCGCCGCUGCUGGUGCUGGUGCUGGUGCUGCUGCCACUACUACUACGGACAAGGAGAACCAGCGCCUCGAGGCCAUUCGGACACCACUCAUACACCUGCUCGCCAUACGGCCCGUCUCGGCCAAGUUUCUCGCUUCUCGAACGCGCUGCAAUAAUGCGGAUGUGCUCGCCCUGACCAACAAGCUGUGCACUCCCAACCGGCUGGACGGGUCCAAGUUCGAUCUCAAGGAUAAAGUGUACAAGGAUCUUGACGUCUGGUCGUUUCCUUACCCGUCGGACGAGGAGAGGACGGAGGCGAUCGAGAAUGCCAUCUCUGCCUUUGACCGGAUGCGGAUUUCCAAGGCAGACCGGCUCUGGCAGACUUUGCUGCCCAAGCAUGAGCGAGGCAAAGGGAAAGUGCUCUCUCGGCUCAAUCUACGCACCCAGCCCCAGGGCCAGGCCCAGACACAGCAGCAACAGUCUAGACUACAGGUUCCAGAAGAAGGCGGGUACGGCACCGGCAAUGAGUCCGAAGGCCCAACGGCCCUAGACCAGUCCAUGGCCACAACAACGACCCCAACAAUCCCACACCACGCUCCAACUGCCAAACCGGCGGCCAAGAAGAGAGGAGGCCUGGAAAAGGCACUCUCUUCCAAGCGCGGGCCCAAACCAAAGUCUACGCCUGCUGCCACGCUCACGGGCAAAGUAACCAAGAAGACAGAGAAGAAGACGCCAGCGGCCGGUUCUGCGGCGUCGCUCAAGUCGAGGGAUGCUGACCGAUUCAAGUCCUCCGAGUUCAUCCUCGACUCGGACGAGGAAGAAGCGGCGGCUAACGGCAUCGUCGCCAGCAGCAAGCCUACCCUCGCAGCCACAACAACAAAAACAACUACCACCACUACCACUACCUCGACUGCCCAGCGCGGCCGGCCGCCAAAGACAAAGAAAGUGCCCGCCAGACGACAGCCCCCCGCAGCCAUAUCCGCUCCGACUACAUCAACGACCACACGACCGGCCAAUGUGACUUCACCACUGAAGCCGUCUCCUCUAGGCUCGUCACCGCCUACCAAUGCCUCCGACGUUGACGUCCCCAGCGGCCGCCCACCCAACACAAAAUCUCGCCCACACUCCAAUUCACACUCGUCCAGCUCUUCCUCGCCCCUGAUACACCAUCUCCCCCGAAGGAUUCCACCGGCACAACCGGGAAAAUCUCGACCAACACCCCCGUCCACGGCAACCUCCACCUCCACAUCAGCAUCCACCUCCGCAUUACAAUCCGCGUCGACAGUACCCGCCAAGCCAGGCGCGCUCAAGCGAAAAACCCGCCCGGCUGAAGAUACCCGACCUCCACCGGCAUCUUCGACAUCCACCACUGCCGCCAUCGGCCUUGGAAUCCAUGCAUCCGAACCUAAACGCCGCCGCCCAUCCUCCAUCUCCUCAACAACGACCUCUUCCCUCUCCCAGCCUGAAUCAAUGCCCUCGGUCUCAGGCUCAGGCUCAGGUUCCGGCUCUGCGUCUCCCCCCAUCUCACAGACCAUCCUGCGUGCCCGACUACGCACCAAAUCAGCCCAGUUCAAACAGUACUAUGCCAAAUACCGGCUUUUGCACGAGGAGAUGAUGUCCCGCUUACGAAACGGAAUGGACUAUGACAUUGAUAUCGAGCAGAUUCGCAAACUGGAGAGACAGCAUGCUCAUCUGCAGAAAAUGAAGCAGGAGAUCUGGGACGAGGAUCGGAGGUUACGCAUGUCUUCGUAG